UUUCACGGCAGAGCACAAUGGGCUUGCUACCCGUGGAUGCUUUCUUGCUGAAGACGAUAAAGGUAAAAAGCAUCAUGCCAAAUGCGAUGCUGCAAUAACCUUGCUCUUUCGAUUUAGGCGGUUCGAAUUCUCAAAUGAUCUGACGUACCUGGAAGGUUUGAAGUUUGGACGAAUGUCAUUUAAAGGUUGUAAUCCGGAAGUGGAGAAACUGAUGGUUUAUUAUGAGCGUAAAAUGAAAGGAGAAGACUCGGACUCGGACUAUGAGGAUGGGAAGGAUGUGGGUGAUAAGGAAAUGGCAAAAACAAGUAUGAAAGAAUCUUCUGGUAGAAGGUUGAACUUCACCGACAUUCGCAAAAGAGGAGCUAUUGGCACAUGGGCAAGCGGUGACUCGAGAAGAAAAUUGAGAGGAGACAACUAA